AUGCUGGUACCACCAGCCAACUUUGGAAUUGCUGAGGAGGGCAUUUAUCGAUGUUCUAAGAUAGAAACGCUUAACUUAUCAUUUUUGGAGACCUUAAACCUUCGAACGGUUAUUUUUGUGGGUGGGCAAGAACCCUCCAAGUUUUUCCAGGAGUUUUUUGAGCGAUGCUAUGUUCAGUGGUUUGUCGUUAGAACAGCCAAUGUGUCGUCGAACAUGGCUCCAGUGAACGCUAGUGCUCUGAAAGCUACUCAGGACGAAAAAUCGAUCAAGACCAGCAAGGAUUUUGUGCCCGAUAGCUACGAAUUAAGUGACAAUGACGAUUUGAUGAUCCUGAAGAGCUACAGCUUGAAAAGAACGUUUGAAUUACUUUUGAACACUUCUAACCACAAUACGAUCCUCGUUGAUAAGACGUCGAUAGUUGUUGGCGUUUUGCGCAAGAUUCAAAAGUGGAACAUCGUUUCUAUAAUCAACGAAUACCGACUAUUCGCUACCAAAAACGCAAACUAUUUCUCUGAGACGCUUUUAGAGAUGAUAAAUGUGAGAAUCGUACAGGAAGAAGAGGAAAACCUGGGCCUGAAUAAUCUUGAAGAUCUGCAAAUUGGUGAAACUCGCGAUACGGGCGAUUCACGCGUGUGCAGCAUGUGGGAAGUGGUUCACGAAUCGGACUUGAACGAUCCACCGCGCAUACCAGCUCACUUACUACGCAUCCUCGAAGCUGUUCGAGACGACAACAAAGAAUUUGACGAUCCAGUUGACUUGGAAGUUCCCUUGAUGGCGAAAAGUCAAUCAGAUUUAGGGAUUUUCGGAAACAGGUACCGGUUGGCCUUCAACAAGAAGGAAUGGGCAGAUUACGAUUUUUACAAAGGCGGAAAACACAAUAUCAUCACCUUCCAUUUGCCCCGAGACCCCUUGCUGCCGCGUUGGUUCAUUCGCCAGCGAGAUCUGUGGGAAAACGAAAAUGCCAAAGAACACCACAACUUUUACAAAGAGAGCAUUUUCGUGUAG